AUGGCAGAAAAAAAUUAUAGAUUAGAUCCGAUCUUUCAAUUAUAUGAUCCAAUUCGUUAUUCGUUUAAUAAGAAAAAAGAGGAUUACAUUAUCAUAUCACCAACCGUCGGCUCUAGGUCUCAACUAUAUGAAGGGGUCUCCGGCUGGAUACCCGAUGUUGGCGAUGGAAGAGUUUUAAAAGAACCGGUAAGAAAUGUUCCAAAUGAUGCAAAUGAAGAUAUAAUGAGAGCUAUUGCUCGAAACACAAUAGAAAGAGUAGAACGAGCUGAAGCUAUCGAAACGGAAUCACCAACUACAAUAACAUACAAUGGUAAAAGGAUUAAAAUAUCUAAAAAUAUUAUCGAUAAAUAUAAACACUGUAAAGUUAGAGAUGAUAUAGAUUUGGAAAGAAUUGACAAGAGUGUAAAGGAAGGUGGAUUUUUACCUUUUUCACCUUUGAUAUUUGCUGGUCUGGCCGCGGCAGGAGCGACAGCUGGUGGGGCCGCUGGGAUAACACAAGCCAUCAACGCCAAGAAAGCAGCUGAUGCUGAAAAAAGUGAAAAACGUAGACAUAAUAUGGAAAUGGAAAAGAUAGCACAAGGUUCGGGAGUAGCAGAUAUAUUAGGGACAGUUAAAGAAUUUGUAAAUCGAUUUAGCGAAGAAACCAAGAAAACUGUUAAAGAGGGAUUAAGUAAUCUAAUAGAUAAAAUCGACACCGGAGAAAUGAAGGUCAAACAUAAAGGUAAUGCCAUAGUUUUUAAAAACAAAUGUUCUGGAGAGGGAAUCUUUCUUUCAAAGUAUAAAGGAGAAGGGGUGAUUUUGGUGAACAAAAAUAUAGAAUAA